AUGGUAUCUCUGCUUACAAUGUCGAUGAGUGGUACUAAAACAUGGCCUCAAGCCCAAAUUGAUUUAGGUUUUAGGCCCGUUAAAAGACAGCCGAAGAUUAAAUGCACGGUGCAAGUCGACGUAACGGAAUUACCCCUGAAACGGCCUUUAUUUACACCCAGAACCACCGCGACGCCGCCGCAGCAUAAUCCUCUCAAGCUAAACAUCUUUCAGAAAGCGGCGGCGAUUGCUAUCGACGCGGCCGAGCGAGCGUUGAUCUCACGCGAGCAAGAUACUCUUCUUCCCAAAACCGCCGAUCCACGCGUUCAGAUCGCCGGGAACUAUUCUCCGGUACCGGAAUCUCCCGUCCAACGAUUUCUCUCCGUCGAAGGAACAAUCCCUGACUGCAUUGACGGAGUUUAUGUCCGUAACGGCGCAAAUCCAAUGUUCAAGCCAAUCGCUGGGCACCAUCUAUUCGACGGUGACGGAAUGGUUCACGCCGUUAAAAUAACCAACGGUUCAGCUAGCUACGCGUGCCGGUUUACUAAAACCGAGAGAUUGGUUCAAGAAACACGAUUGGGUCGACCGGUUUUCCCUAAAGCAAUCGGCGAGCUCCACGGCCACUCGGGGAUCGCACGUCUGAUGCUUUUUUACGCACGUGGGCUUUGUAGGCUCAUCAAUAACCAAAACGGCGUCGGAGUAGCAAACGCCGGUUUGGUUUACUUCAAUAACCGCCUUUUAGCUAUGUCCGAAGAUGAUUUGCCAUACCAACUGAAAAUAACGCAAACCGGCGAUCUCCAAACGGUUGGGCGUUACGAUUUCGACGGUCAGUUAAAAUCGGCGAUGAUAGCCCACCCGAAACUUGACCCGGUUACGAAGGAGCUCCACGCGCUAAGCUACGACGUAGUGAAGAAACCACACCUGAAAUACUUCAGAUUCACGCCGGACGGCGUUAAAUCGCCGGACUUGGAGAUUCCGCUCGAGACUCCGACAAUGAUUCACGAUUUCGCUAUAACGGAGAAUUUCGUGGUGAUUCCCGAUCAGCAAGUCGUGUUUAAACUCGGAGAAAUGAUUGCCGGAAAAUCUCCGGUGAUUUUCGACGGGGAAAAGGUUCCAAGAUUUGGGAUAAUGCCAAAAGACGCGACGGAGGCUUCUGAGAUAAUCUGGGUGAAUUCGCCGGAGACAUUCUGUUUCCAUCUCUGGAACGCGUGGGAAUCGCCGGAGACGGAGGAAGUUGUGGUGAUCGGAUCGUGUAUGUCGCCGGCGGAUUCUAUCUUCAACGAGAGAGACGAGAGCGUGAAAAGCGUCUUGACAGAGAUCAGGAUAAACCUCAGGACACGUGAAUCCACGCGCCGCGCGUUGCUGGUUCACGAUGACGUGAAUUUAGAAAUCGGUAUGGUUAACCGAAACCGGUUGGGCAGACAAACCCGGUUCGCGUUUCUGGCUAUCGCUGAUCCUUGGCCAAAAGUCUCCGGUUUCGCAAAGGUUGAUCUUUUCACCGGAGAAAUAAAAAAGUAUGUUUACGGCGACGAGAAAUACGGCGGCGAACCGUUUUUCUUGCCUAAUGGAUCCGCUAACGGUGACGGAGGAGAGAAUGAAGAUGACGGUUAUAUUUUCUGUCACGUUCACGACGAAGAAACAGAGGCGUCGGAACUUCAGAUUCUAAACGCCGUUGAUUUAAAGCUUGAAGCUACGGUUAAGCUACCAUCUAGGGUACCGUACGGGUUUCAUGGCACAUUUGUGGAUUCGAGUGAACUCGUGGUCGUGGAUCCACUAUAA